AUGGCUGCAGCUAUGGCCUCGGGCUCAGCUAUGCUGGAUCCCAUGCACUACUAUCGUGCAAAGAGAGACAGGGAACGGAGGACUGUGCUGAAGACGUAUAAGAUAUUAGGAUUCAUAUCAUCAGGUACAUAUGGAAGGGUAUACAAAGCGGUUUUAUUACCUUCCCCAUCCUCUUCAUCCAACACCAAAUCCAGCAGUACCAACAAAUCAACAUUACCUUCAUCUGCCCGAGCGGCAUUGUCCAUAACCAAAGAUAAACUACCUUCACCUACUACAUCGACGUCUUCCAAUUCCAAUACACCGAUACUAGAUCCCCUGAAUAAUCCAGAAUUAUGUAUGAGACCUGGCGAUUUACCUGCGAAAGAGGGGGAUGUGUUUGCGAUCAAAAAGUUCAAACCUGAUAAAGAGGGGGAUGUUUUGACGUAUGCGGGUAUAAGUCAAUCUGGUGCGAGAGAAAUUAUGUUAAAUAGAGAGCUCAAUCAUCGUAAUCUGACCGCGCUGAGGGAAGUCAUAUUAGAAGAUAAAGCUAUUUAUAUGGUAUUCGAAUAUGCUGAGCAUGAUUUCCUGCAAAUAAUCCAUCAUCAUUCCCAAACUACCCGAACACCCAUCCCAUCCCCAACCCUCCGUCGCUUACUACACCAACUCCUAUGCGGCGUCCAUUUCCUCCACUCGAACUUCGUAUUACAUCGUGAUCUGAAACCUGCCAACAUCUUAGUAAACUCUGCUGGCGUAGUGAAGAUUGGUGAUCUAGGUUUGGCGAGAUUAUGGCAUAAGCCCUUAGCUCAAGGCGGUCUGUUUGGGGGUGAUAAGGUUGUGGUGACGAUUUGGUAUAGAGCGCCAGAGUUGAUUCUGGGUGCUAAGCAUUAUACGGCUGCUGUUGAUCUAUGGGCAAUUGGAUGUAUCUACGCGGAAUUACUUGCCCUUCGACCGAUAUUCAAAGGUGACGAAGCUAAAAUGGACGGUAAGAAGCAAUUACCAUUCCAGAGAGAUCAGAUGGGGAAGAUAUGCGAGGUACUGGGUCCAGUCAAAGCCGACCAAUGGCCAGGGAUUGUGCAUAUGCCAGAAUACAAAACGUAUCUAUCAUCUGGGCCGUAUCCUAACCCCAAUCCCCUUCCUACAUGGUACCAACAUCGGUCAUCGUCUUCCCAAGGGUAUGACCUCCUCACAAGAUUGUUCGAGUGGGAUCCAGCAAGACGACUGACGGCUAGAGAAGCGUUGGCUCAUCCUUGGUUUCAGGAAGAAGGUGGUGUAGCCGCGAAAAGCGUCUUUGAAGGAAGUACAAUCACGUAUCCAACUCGAAGAGUAACGCAUGAAGAUAACGGUGAUGCUAAGAUGGGAUCUCUACCCCCUUCAAUGGCUCAACCUCGAUUACCGUCAAGUAGCAAUUUCCGAUCUGCGAGUGCGAACUUGACUGCCCAGCAACCUGCGAGGAAGAAAACUAGAAUGUAG